CUCCGUCUCGAGCAAAAACCUACGACGCACAAACAGCAGUAAGGAGGAGCAGCCCUUUCCCACUGCCAGCACGGACAUUUCAUAUACACCCUCGGACUGAUGUGGGGUAUCCCCGUUUACCUGAAAAGACCAGCGGCUAACGUUACAGGAAACGUCAGCCUUUUGCUGUGUUUAUUCAGCGCUGCUUCCUAUCUGUCAAGUGCGCCCAGUCCAGCUACUUGAACUCACUGAUGCAUUGGGUUUGUGAAUUCACUUGAUGUCAGCACCCUCGGGGGUGGGAGGGUCUGCAAAAUCCAAACCCAAUAAUAACAGUGACCUCAGCUGAAACCUCCAACUAGCAACUACGUAUGUGUCCACCCUCAUGUUCCUGCAGAGCACCGAAUAGCUCACUCUGAAAGCACUGUUGCAGAGCUAAAAGAAAGGGACUUAAUUCCCACAUGGAGGGCGUCGCAGUGGACAACCUAAUAGACUUUGACAUGCCCUCAGAGGCCACAACUCUUGGUGUAGAUGUAGGCCAGGAACAAGGCCAUACAGACCUUUUCUCCCCAGAGCCGGCGUCUUCCAUGGGAGUCCACCAGAAGCCCUUACUGCCAGAGCCCAUGGUGCCAACUGAGCCCAGCUCUCACCACCACCGCCACCACCACCCAGAGGAAGGAGAUAAUGACAGCGAUGCUACAGAGUCGGCAGACAGCGAGAACGACAUGGACCCGCCCUCUCAUAUGUGGGAGCUGAGGAGGUCGUCCUCUUCAUCAGCUCACAGUGGAGAGGACGCUGACACUGAGACAGUGGAGAGGAGGCAGUUCAUGAAGGCUUAUGUGGAGAAGGUGUUUCAUGGAAAGGAGGACUUUGACCAGGAAGAGAAGGCUCGUUUUGGAGAGCUGUGCAGCGGAGAAAACGGCAAAGGCAGGGAGUGGUUUGCCAAAUACGUCAGCGCACAGCGCUGCCACUCUAAAUGUGUGAGUGAAGCCACCUUCUACCGACUGGUGCAGUCCUUUGCAGUUGUACUCUUCGAAUGUUACCAGAUGGACGACUACAGCCCGGCCAAAAACCUCAUGACUAUGUGCUUCACAUACUACUACAGUGGGAAGUCCCCACCAUCUCCCUCGGAGCUUCUGGAUCGCGGUGGUCCUCCACCUGGUCUGGACUCGUACCUCAACAAGGCCAACUUCUGGCUGUCUGGGAAGAAGGAUGCCGCUGAGCGCCUCCUUAAAAACACAUCAAAGACUGACGUCAAAGGCUUCUUCGGAGGCCUAGAGAGCAAGUUGAGGAGCUCAAUGGCUCCCAAGACAGAGGAUGGGGAAAGCCCAGUUGAGACAAAGCCCAUAUCACCAGUGUCUGAGGCUCCAGAGGAUAAGAAAGCAGAGAAGGUGUACCUGUACACCCACCUGAAGCAGCAGCCCAUCUGGCAUACACUACGAUUUUGGAAUGCUGCAUUUUUUGAUGCCGUCCACUGUGAAAGGAAAAAAAGAUCGCCAACCACAAGGGAGAAGUGGUGUCAUAUGACCCAGGAGGAGAGGGACGACAGCUCCAAAAUCGAUGAGAACAUCGCCUUCGGCCAACUUGGGACAUUCUCUCACAACAUGCUGGCGUUUGGGCUCAGUAAGAAGCUCUGCAAUGACUUCCUGAAGAAGCAGGCAGUGAUUGGGAACCUGAAUGAAGAACAGUACAAGUUGCUGAGUGACCACAUAGAGAAAAUGGCAGCAGAGUGAGUUUGAGGACAGCAGACUGCAUUUCAAAUUUCCACACAACAGACUGACAGCACACAAACAUCAGCGAUUUCUUUUCAACUCAACAUCACAGUGACCAACUCUCCGUCUGACUGCGUUUGUGUGGUGCGCUGCUGAAACCAUCACCCGCUGUACUGAACUGUGCCAUAUUGUAGCAAACCCUGUUUAUCCAACUUAGUGCUCCUGUAUCAGCAAUAAUACAACGCCAUCAGCUGGUGCAUACUUUAAUAUCUCUAACACCUCUGUUUGUGACCUGCUUUACAAAGACUAGCAGCAUAAAGAGAAACCAUCCAGUAUAAACCGCCUCAGUGUCACUCUGGAUUUAUACUUCUUAUUAUAUACAUUGUGUGUAGAUUAUAUAUCCUCUAUGCUGUUUUAUUCUGUGUUUCCUUGGUAACCAUAUUUAUUAUAUGUUGGUUCGUUGUUGAAACUGUGCUAGUAUCGUCGCUAGUAUCGUCCUGCCUUAUUACAUUUUCUGUAAAUGUCUAUAUACAGUUCAAACCAGACCUGGAUACAGUGUAAUAGUACAUGGCAAUAAUAACUCUACCCUAUUCAGGUGGGUCAGGUCAGUUUUCAAUCAGAAAAACUUUGAUUUAAUUUAAUCAUGGGUUUUUAAAAUGGCAAAAACAGCAACCCUCCAUGCCUCUUCUUAAAGAAAAAGUUUAAUAUUUGGAGAAAAACAUGUUCUUGUUGAGUUAGACAAGAACAUUAUACCACUCUCAUGUCUAUACAUGAAGCUACAGCAAUGAAACAGUUAGCUUAGCUUAGCAUAAAGCCUGGAACAAAGGGAAACUGCUAGCCUGGCUCCACCCAAAGGAAACAAAAUCCACCUAGCAGCACCUCUAAAGCUCGACAAUUAACACAUAUUUUGUUUGUUUAAUCCAUAAUAAAUUUUUGGCAGACAAAGGACAUCCCUAAAAUCCUUCAUCCAG